GGUAUAGGUGAACAAGUUUGAGUGAAUAUGAAGAGGUCGACUCCCCCCACCUCUCUCUCCAUAAAUAUGGCGGUCUACGUUUCUUCUUUCAUCACCUUGACUUUUUCAAUCCCAACUUGCUCCUCUUUCAAUAUUUCUACCCUAAUCUUUCACAUGGGAUCUACCAUUUUCAUACCAUUCUUCCUCUAGAUUCUCUUCCUCAUUAAUCAAUUUUCUCCCUCAGAUCUUUGAUUUUUGAGUUCUGAUCAAUAAUCUGUUGGAAAGCUUGAUCUAAUGGGGGAAGCUCCAGUUUUCAAUAAUAAUGAUUUACAUGCCAGUAUUACAAAUGGGUGUUAUUUGAAACUGAAGGAAUCUGAAUCAGCCAUUGUUGUUGGGAAUAAGACAUAUGUCAUUGGUGGGCUUGAUAAUCCUGCGUCGAAUGGAGUUCGUAUAUUCGAUAAGUCCACUGGUGAAUGGGUGAUUCCAAUCGUUCUAGGAACAAAACCAAAUGGAUUCAAGGGUCAUUCGAUGAUGCUUUUGAAUAACGAUAGGAUCUUGAUUAUCAAACACAAUUCAAAAUCUAACGAUUGUGUUUGGUUUCUUGAGGUGGACACCCGGUUUGUUCAAGAACAAAAGAAGAAAUUUGGAACCGAGGUAGUUUCUUGGAGUAAAGGAGUUAUAGGUGAUGCGGAGCGACCCAUAGUAAUUAGUGGCCCGUCUGGCGUGGGUAAGGGUACGCUAAUCAAUAUGUUAAUGAAAGAGUUCCCGACAAUGUUCGGGUUUUCCGUUAGCCACACAACACGUGCACCGAGAGAAAAAGAGCAAAACGGUGUUCAUUAUCAUUUCACAAACAGAGACAUUAUGGAAGAAGAUAUUAAAGCUGGGAAGUUUCUAGAAUUCGCUUCGGUUCAUGGGAAUCUUUACGGGACUAGUAUUGAAGCCGUUGAGGUAGUUGCUGACGCCGGAAAGAGAUGUAUCCUUGACAUUGAUGUUCAAGGGGCACGGUCUGUGAGGGCUAGCUCACUUGAAGCUAUUUUCAUCUUUAUUUGCCCGCCUUCGUUUGAGGAGCUUGAGAAACGCCUUCGUGCGAGAGGGACGGAGUCUGAAGAAGUGAUCCAAAAACGACUUCGUAACGCUAAGGCUGAGCUUGAACAAGGAACUUCCAGUGGUCUUUUUGAUCAUAUUUUGGUUAAUGAUGACCUUGAGGCUUGUUAUGAACGACUUAAGAAAAUCUUGGGUCUUGACGGAAGUACUGACGCUACCUUAAAAACCCCAACUGAAGUGUUUGCACUGCCAAUGGAGAUCUCACUGUCCAAAAUUGAUGAAAGGAUCAUUAUAAACAGUGAGAAUGCUGAUCAGAAGGUUGUCCUUGAUUUAAGUUCUAUGAAAGGCGGGGCCCCUGGGCGGACGAGAGGGAUAAGAAUGUAUCCUGCUGGUCUGCAUUCAUACGAUAACGCCGAUGAAAACGUCUAGCAUCUGGUCUUGUCGACUUCGUUUUGUACUAACAUUGAUCAUAAAUCUUCUUUUUUAAUUUUUUUUUUUUUAUAAAAACCGAGGAACACCUAAAAGAACUAACUAAAAGAGGCUCAAAUCCAGGCACUUUGCCCCCCUUAGAUGGUGAUUUUGAUAAUGUAGAAGAAUGAGAUAGCUUUUGAAUUACUGGAUCUCAAACUCAUUUCUUGUCUUUCAUCAUGGACACAGAAAGUUAUUUACUAAAUGAAUCUAGGAUUUGUGAAUUGUGGUUGCCAUUGUUUGUGUGUAUCGGAGAAGAUUAAGGAGGGGAGAUUGAGAUGGUUUGGGCAUGUGAAGCGGAGGGAAACGACGGCACCAGUUAGAGUAGUGGAAACUCUUAUUGUGGAGGGGAGGAGAGGAAGAGGAGACCUAAACUGACAUGGGAUGAGCAGAUUAGGCGUGAUUUACUAGAGUUGCAUCUUUCUGAGGACAUGGUCCAAGAUAGGAUUUCGUGGAGGCGUAUGAUAGGGUUAAGGACUUCUAGAGGAUAUUGCAGUAAGGUCUUAGGUAUAUAUCAGGGACGUAGGUUUUUCUUAUUCUUUAAGGGAUUUUUCCGGUGAUUGCCUUCUUGUGUUUAUGCCCAAAUGAUGAUGUAUGCUAUUAUACAUGAUUUACA